AUGUGGCCGUUUACAAGGGAAUCGCCACCCGAAGUCGCCGUGGAGAAUAACAUCUCCACUCACAACAUUGUGGGCUACUCUGUGGACGCCCUGUUCAUCAUCGCGGCGAUCAUCAUCGUCAUCGUCUGGCGUUGGCGCAGGAAUGCGCGACGCCUGAAACAACUGGAGGGCGCAGCGACGAAGCUGCGGUCAUUCCGUGAGCAACAAUGUGGUGUGGUGGUCAUGUUUUCCAAACGACUGGGUCAUGUUUUCACCUUCAAGCGGAAACCGGUGGUGCUUCGGGAUUCCUUCCAUUUGGCUGUUCGACCCUAUCUUAUUCUUGGACUACCAUUUGGGAUAUUUCCACUGUCGAAUGUCUUCGAUCGAAGCCCUGAACACCUUCGGUUGAAAAGAUUCUCCCUCCGAGUUCUCCACAAUUUGGUAGUGAUUUUUGCAGGAUUUGCGUUGACCAUUUGGGAGCUGCUAAGGCUAGGCAACGUUGGAAUAAGUGCUAAGAACAUCAAUGGCCUGGUAUUUUUUGCAGACACAACGCUCAUCAAUAUACUGUUUUUCCAUCUGGCAAGCCGAUGGAACCAACUUGCACUGCUAUGGGACCAGGUUGAUCGCAUUUUUGAGACUGAUACCUACCGGAUCGAAAGCUGGUGGACAUUGCGUCGGCGCCUUUCGGUGGUGGCUGGGGUUCUGAUAACCUGUGCCAUAGGAGAACAUCUCUUGGCCUGUGCAAAUAUGAUAAAUGAUCAGCAGCACGAAAUACAAAUUUGCGGAUGGACAAACAUAAGCGACCCUUUCCGGCACUUUGCGUUGCGCAAAUUUUCUAAUGUUUAUAGCUAUUUUCCGUACAACCGUUGUAGACACUGUCUGAAGUGUCUACAACGAUCUGUGGAAAAAGCUACGAAAAAAAGACGACGCGGAAGUCAGGCGGAAAACAGUAGUAGCGUCGACAGUUAG